CAAGUCUGCGGAGCGCGGUGCAGCCAUGGAGGCGUCUGAGACCGCGUUGGAAGCCGCAACCCUGAAGGUCCUGGAUGAAGCAGCACAUGUGCUAGAACCCAUGGGCCUGCAAGAAGAGACAGAAUUGCCGGCCAGGAUCUUGGCUGAAUUUGUGAGGAACUCCAGAAAGAAAGACAAACUACUUUGCAGCCAGCUUCAGGUAGUUGACUUCCUGCAGAAUUUCCUGGCUCAGGAGGAUACUGCCCAGGGCCUGGACCCCUUGGUUUCUGAAGAAAUGAGCCGACAGAAGGCCAUUGCAGCCAAAGAACAAUGGAAAGAGCUGAAAGCCACCUACCAGGAGCAUGUGGAGGCCAUAAGAAGUGUCCUGUCCCGGGUGGAGGAGGCCCAGAGGAAGCGAGUCCAGCUCCAGGAGGCCUUUGAGCAGCUCCAGGCUAAGAAACACAUGGCCAUGGAGAAAUUCAGAGCAGCACAGAAGCAGUGGCAGCUGCAGCAGGAGAAGCAUCUACGGAAUCUGGCGGAAAUUUCUGCAGAGGUAAAGGAACAGCAGAUAGCAACUCGGCAACAGCUUGAGCGAUUGAAUCAGGAACUUGAAACUCUAAAACAGCAAGAAGGGCAGGAACAAGACAAAUUACAGAGGCACCAGACUUUUCUCCAACUGCUAUAUACCCUACAGGGUAAAUCCUCUAUCCCUGAGUCUGAAGACAAAGCUACCAUAGGAGCUGCCCCUGCACCUUCAUCUCCCUAAGGGCGUGGAAAGAGAGGGGGCUUCUGGUUUACCUCCUUUUCCAUCUGAGGUCUGCUGUUUGUCCAGUAGAGAAUCGAGUUUGGAAGUGGGAAAAAACGUGUUACAGUUGAAGGGUUGAAACUUAGCACAUUGUUCUCAUGCCUGACUCUCCUAUGGUAACUCUUGCUUUCUUCUUCUCCAGCAGAGUGGACCAUGAACUUGAGUUCAACUGUUUCUGACCAUUAUAAUUUCUAGUGUGUGGGUUUUUGUUUUUUUUUUUUCAAUUACAAACUCCAGCUGUCUCUGUUACCUAUUUGUUACUUUCAUAAUAUGGUGGGAAGAAUAACAGUCAAUCAAAAGCUAGUUAACAUUACAACAGCUGGGACUGGUAUUAAUGAAUGGAGAGAGAAUGGGUGGUCUGAUUAGUUGUUUGCUCAGAUCAUAUGAGGCAGAUAUUUUGAGCUUAAUUCUAAGUGGUUAGACCAGAGAAAACAAUUUUAUUGAUUCAUGUGGUUGUUGGGUUCUUACCUUGUGUCAAGUAAGAUCCUUGAUGUGAAUGCAGGUAGCAGCAUAAAACAGUGAGCACCCCUAACCUGUUUUAGAAUGACCAAAUGUCUUUUUGUUCAUUAUAGUUCCUUGAUCACUCUUUGAUCAUUCAUUUUAAUUCUAAGAUUUGCUUUUGUAAUCUACUAUUACUUGUUUAGUUGGAUCUUCUGUUUUUCAGUGGAAAAGUAAGUUCCUUUGUAAUUUCCUUUUUUUAAAAUUGGAAUAUAACCUGCAGUAUUUGGACUUUUAUUUGUUUUUUCAAAUAAACAUUUAAGAUUAUAAAUUUA